UAUAAAAGUACAGCCGGCGGAGCGUAAAAGUCGUAGAACCAAACACUCGAGACAUUUCCCAGAUCACGAGGACAGAUUUCUUACAAUCUCCGCUGCGCUCUCUCUCUGUGUAAUCGCUUCAACAAGGUAUUGCAUAGUUAUUGCUGCGACUGUGACCUGACCGAAAUGGCGGAGGAUAAGUGUGCAAUUGUAAAAGAUGUUACCCAAUUGAUAGGUAACACACCACUGGUAUAUCUCAACAACGUAGUGGAUGGCUGUGUCGCUAGGAUUGCUGCCAAGCUAGAAAUGAUGGAACCCUGCUCUAGUGUCAAAGACAGGAUUGGUUACAGCAUGAUACAAGAUGCAGAGGAGAAAGGCCUAAUUAAGCCGGGCGAGAGUGUUCUCGUUGAGCCUACAAGUGGUAAUACUGGCAUUGGCUUGGCAUUUAUGGCGGCUGCUAAGGGUUACAAGCUAAUCAUUACCAUGCCUGCUUCUAUGAGUCUCGAAAGGAGAAUCAUCCUCCGGGCUUUUGGAGCUGAGUUGGUUCUUACAGAUCCUGCCAGGGGCAUGAAAGGGGCUGUUCAGAAGGCUGAAGAAAUACUGGCAAAGACACCCAAUGCUUAUAUCCUUCAACAAUUCGAAAACCCUGCCAAUCCCAAGGUUCAUUAUGAGACCACUGGACCUGAGAUCUGGAAAGGCACUGGCGGGAAAGUUGAUGCCCUUGUUUCUGGGAUAGGGACCGGAGGUACGGUGACAGGGUCAGGGAAGUUCCUUAAAGAGCAAAACCCUGAUAUCAAGCUAUAUGGUGUAGAACCGGUUGAAAGUGCAGUGCUGUCAGGAGGAAAACCUGGACCUCACAAAAUUCAAGGAAUUGGUGCCGGUUUCAUUCCUGGAGUACUGGAUGUCAGUAUAAUUGAUGAAGUUGUUCAAAUAUCCAGUGAGGAAUCUAUUGAAACUGCUAAGCUUCUCGCAUUGAAAGAAGGUUUGCUGGUAGGAAUUUCAUCCGGUGCUGCAGCUGCUGCGGCUAUUCAGAUAGCAAAGAGGCCAGAAAAUGCUGGAAAACUCAUUGUUGUGGUCUUCCCCAGCUUUGGAGAGCGGUAUCUGUCGUCUGUAUUGUUCGAUUCACUGAAGCGGGAGGCAGAGAAUAUGAUUUUCGAGCCCUGAGGUGUUUUCAUAGCUUUAGUAUGGUGCACUAUUGUGUCUUAUUUGUGGUUUGGUCCAGCAGAUGAGGACGGUUCAUGGUUUGGGGGAUUUUGCUUUUUAUGGUUUUCGAAAUAAGUACCGUAAUUAGUAUAGAAGUCGAUGUUUGUGUUGGGAAAAUAUUGCUUGGUUGGACUUGGAACUGAAAGCUAUAUUGUGAAAUAAAACGCUCUUUUUUCCUA